AUGGCAGAAAAAGGUAUAUACGAUAUAGUAUUUCAUAAAAUUGAAACAGGCAAAGUUAAGAAACUUGGUAAUGGCAGCUGGUUAGAAUUACAGGAAAUCGAAUACAUUGAUCCGAAUACCAAAGCAAUAAGAAAAUGGGAACUGUGUAAGAGAAAAAAUUGUACAACUGAGAAUAAAAAGAAUGUCGACGCCAUUGACAUACAUGCAAUCAUACGGGAAGUAAAUAAGCCGCCUCAAAUUAUUUUGGUGAUUCAAUUUCGACCACCCGUUGGAAGAUAUUGUAUUGAAUUUCCAUCAGGUUUAAUUGACGACAAUGAAACAGUGGAAGCUGCAGCGCUUCGUGAACUUCGUGAAGAAACGGGAUACCACGGUAAAAUAAAAAGAAUAUCAGAACCCAUUUGUUAUGAACCAGGGUUGACUGAUUCAUUAACCAAGGUUGUUGAUGUAGAGAUUGAUCUAACAUCUAUUGAAAACAUCAACCCUAAACAAAAGUUGGAAGACGAUGAAUGGAGCUUGCAAGUGCUUAAAAUUCCUCUAGAUAAUCUAUACGAUGCGUUGCAAAGUCAGAAUACAUUCUAUUAA